AUGGAUGACAACAUGAUAGAAGCCAGAGAAGAACUCAUCGUUUCACCAUCAUCCAGUAGAAACAAAACUCUUAGAGUUGGAUAUUUUCUGAAACCUUCCAUCCAAGAAUCUCGUGUUCUUCCACCCAAUAUUUCUAUUUCUUCUGAAACUAGCACAAAGCUGCCACUAGAAAUAAGAUAUAAUGGAUGGAGACCCCCCACAGAAGAAUGGAAAAAAUGGGUCAUAAAAUGGUGCUCCAAGACUAAUACAUUUGUUUUCCCAUGGGGAGAAUCAACCAUAACAUUGGAAGACACAAAGGUUUGUUUUGGUUACUCUCUUUUGGGCUCUUCUGUUUCUAACCCUAUUAUGAACAGUGAGCAAGUAAAAGCAGAAGAGGAGUUAAUGGAAGCAAGAAGAAUGUUUAAUAAGUCUAAAUCUAAAAAAGUAUAUCAGAGGGCAUGGAUGAUGUAUUUCAUGGAGAGUGAAAGCAAAGUGGAGCAUGCAGCUUUUUUGGUUUAUUGGUUAUCAAGGUUUGUUUUUCCUGCAGAUUCAUAUGAUACUAUUUUGAAAAGUGUUGUUCCUAUUGCAAUACAAUUAGCUCAUGGAAAUAGAAUAGCCCUUGCACCUGCUGUUUUAGCUAGUAUUUAUAGAGAUUUGAGUUUACUUAAUAGCGUCAUUACAAAAAAUACCACAACAACUAUGAAGAGUUUAAGAGUAACUAUUUGUUCUCCUUUUCAAUUGGUUCAAGUAUGGGCUUUAGAGAGGUUUUUAGCUCUUAAACCACGCCGUUAUACAAUAGGCCAUGGUUUACCAGAGGUGGCUAGAUGGGGUGGUGUUAAAGUAUUUAAAAAUAAAAACUUGAAAAAGGAAUUGGAUUGUGCAGGAUUUGGAAAUGGUUUUUUGUGGCAACCAUACGAGAAUUCACCAUGUGUUAAAGUUUAUAAUGAAAAAGAUAUGUGGAAAUGUUAUAAUCCUUAUUUAGAAGAAGAGCUACAUUCGUUUGGGAUGUGUUUGAGGGCCUGUGAGUUGGUUGGUAUGGGAUGUAGUGAGAAGUACUUACCACAUCGGGUCGCUAUGCAGUUUGGUAUGGAUCAAGACAUUCCCGAUAUUGUUGCUUUUUGUAAUAAAGAUCCUUGGGUGAGUUAUAGCCAGCCAAUAGCAUUGGUGGAUAUUGAUUUGAUCAUUCAAUUGUGCUCUAGCAAGCCUGGUGUUACUUCUAGAUACUAUGAUUGGUGGAAGCAAUCGAAAUCAAAUAAGGAAAGAGAUAACAAGAGAGUGAAGGUUGAGAAACAUGAAAGGGAAGGUUUUGAUAAAGAGGAUGAUUUGUUAGUUUAUGAAAUAUCAAGUUCUGAUGAAGAAGAUCAUUUGUUAGUUUAUGAACUAUUAAGUUCUUAUGAUGAAGUAGUUGAAAAUGGAAAGGCUUUAUCUAGUCAAGAAUUUGGUGCCUUUACAUCAUCAAAUGUGAGUGAAAUUAACAGUCAAUAUUGUGAUAGAAAUGGUGAAAAAGAGGAAUGUGUUAAUCCUAUUACAUUAGAUAUAGAAUUUGAUCUUGAAAAGAGGAUUGAAAAGCUUGAAAAAGUGAUAUGUGAGCUUAAAGAAGCAAGAUUUGGCCGUAGGCCAUAG